AUGCAAGAAACAGUAAAAGGAGAUUUCAGAAUCUACGUCGUCUUGGCCAUUUUCUUCGUCAGCAUCGUCACGGGGGGCGUCUUCUUAUGCCUUUAUAUGUUCCAACCCGAGGAGCAAUCCAUGCCCUGGUAUUCGAUUGUCGGUAUCGUUCUUGUAGGCAUUCCGUGGAUCUUUUGGAUUGCUACUUACAUAUACAGGUGCAUUGCACAUUGCUUUUGUGCAAGCAAUGGAGGACAUGUUCAAGGGGAACAUGGCAGCGUAACGAAGAAAAAGUCUUAUGCUUCUGAAGGACAUGCGAGAAGAUCGAUGCAUUCGUCCGAAAAUGGAGGCUCUCCACCAGGAACACCUGAUGGUGAUCAACGUCAUGUCCAUUUCGGGGAUGUUGUCAUGGUUGGAAGCAAUGGGGAAAAAAUGUUGCAGGAAGCGCAACAGUUUUCCAACGGAUUUGCUUCGGACGAAGAACAUAUUGCCGCUGCAUCUCCGAAGGUCAAAGAACCAUUAAUAGUGUCGGAUUCACCCUGA